AUGUCCUUCGCAAGCUCUCAGACUGUCUUAGACAUUCUCAACCACGAGCUGGAGGACGAGUACGACAAGCUGUACCCGCAGGAAAGCAAGCUCACAAGCUUCAUUCAGUGGGGCGAGCGCCGGUACGUCUUCACCUACGCAGCGCACGACUACGAGAGCUUUCGCUCGAUCGUGGCGCGCGUCGUGAAGAUGCGCCAGGCGGCGGCUACGAGCUCAGACGGCACGAGGUCGGACAACGGCCGCUGGAUCGAUCCCCUGGACGAUCCCGUCUUAGCGGGCCUGACCUUGCAGGCCUUCGAGUCCUUGCCUUCCGGGGGCCUUGACACAGUGCCUGUGGGAGAUCUCGUGCUCGGGUUUUCGGACCCAGCAAGUGCCGGGACUAUCCCACACACGUGGUUUCUGAACAGCCAGAUGCCCUACUUGGUGGACGUCUGGCGCUCCGUCGACGGCAUCGCCUGGACGCAGCAGUCGGACCAGCGCUUUGCCGGUCUCCCCGAAUGCCAAGAUGCCUUUGCCGUCGUCGUGCAGCCCGUGGACUCGCUCGCCGCCAGGAUGCAGCUCAUCGCGCUGAGCGGGGCCACCGGUGAGCAGCUCUACGCCAC